ACAGUUUGGUCAACACGGCAAUGUCAAGUGUCAGUCGCGUGAUAAGACGUGGUGUUACGGGUAUCGCUCUAUAAUUUUUUAUUCAAAUACCGGUUUCCUUUUCACGUAUAAAUGUCUAAAAAUGCUAUUGACUGUAAAAUAUGUAUCUAGGUUGUGUUGUGCAAAUUCUGUGGGUGAUUAACAGUGCAUUGUGACGUGAUUUUGCGACUAUGUCGCGGUAAAGGUUUAGCAGAUUUAAGACAAAAAUAAAGGCUUCUUGUUUUUUAAAAAUGGGUGAUACGGUGAACAAGGACUGGAAGCAGAGCGUCGGUUUCCCGAUCAACUACGAAUCGGGGAGUUCCGAUGAUGAUUUCGACGCCAAGGAUGUGGUGUUCCGCAAUCCGCGUCACUCGUCGAAAUACCUGCUGGCGGACAGCGGGGACGGCUCCGAGGCGGACCUGCUCGGCACCACGCCGCCGCGCUCCAGGAUCCGGGACAAGGAGAGGGGCAGACGGAGUCACCUAGACUCGCCGGGUAUCCAGCGGGUGAUCAAAGAAAAAUGGGACACAGUGGACUUCUCUGCGCAGGACCAGCCGUCCUUACCAGACCGCAUGAAGAAGCGCAGCAGCCUGAAGCUGCUCCGCAGCCGCGCCCGCGACAGCAAGCAGGACCUGGGCCAGGACGUGCGCUCCGACUCGCUGCCGUCGCCCAACCCGCCGGCCGUACCCACCUUAGUGAGUAGAACGGUGGAAUCAUGCAACCGCUUCAUGUGCUUAACCUCCCGGCCGAAGAACCGCGAGUCGAUAUGUCCCGAGAAGGUGUCGGCGCAGGACACGGAGUCGCGGCUCUGGCGCGAGGGGGAGGAGGAGCUGCCCCCUUCCCGCGUCAACUUCCACAAGACCUUCAGCCUGCUCAUCAAUAUGGGGAACAUUGAGAAGGGCUGUAAACGAGCUCAGAUAAGCCGGGAGGAGCAGGUGUGGCAGAACGAGCUGAAGGACCUGAUCUGGCUGGAGCUGCAGGCCAAGCUGGCGGGCCGCACGCUGGCGCAGCAGGACGCCUUCCUCUGCGCGCAGCGGAACAUCGUGCCCAAGAUCAUACAGAACGUGCUCGAGUACAAAUUUGUAAAUAAAAACCCGUGUCGGAGAGCUUACAAUCUAUCUGCAGAUGGAUCUGACAAAGAUAUUGAUGAAGCGGAGCAGAUGUACGGCUGCCUGGUGUUCGACUGCCAGCUGUGCUCGGACGCGGUGGGCAACGCCAUGCACGAGGUGGGGCUGCUGCUGGAUUCCUUCUACAACGCGGUGUCGCUCUACCCCUCCAGCCGGAACAUGACCAUCGAGCAUCCGCAGAUCGCCACGCAACACUUUAAUAAUAGGAUUAAGGCCAUGUGCCUGUGGUACAACACGGCGCUCCCGCUGCGCAUGAAGCUGGCGGCGCUGCGCCGCAUGUUCCGCAGCAUCAGGCGCAAGGCGCAGCGCCGCGCGCCGCCGCACCGGACCUCCGUCGACAGCCUGCUCAGCGGCGAGUCGACCCCCAGCCGGCAAUGCCAAGUGCGCUUCAACGUGGCUAACCCCUCCGGCUCUAACAAUAGCGACUGCAGCGCACAGUCUGCAGACUCCUGCAAAGAUGAAUGUCGAGAGGUCAAGGACGAGUGUCAAGAUGUCAAGGACGAAUGUCAAGAUGUCACGGACGGGAGUAAUGAGGUCAAAGACGAGACCAAUGAGGUCAAGCACGAGUGUCAUGAGGUCAAAGACGGCCAGGACGGAGAGGACAAAGAAUAUAGCGAGAGUCUACAUGAAUCUGACUCUUUAGGAGUCCUUAAUAAUGAGCUGACGCAGCCGUCUUCCGAGUCGGAAUCAGACGAUGAAUCCCGGAGAAAUCAACAGCUAUGCUGUAACGGCAUGCCGCCGGCGUCGCCGCCCGCGCAGUGGGGCGCGCAGGACCCGCACGCGUCGCACGAGAGCGGGUACGUGUCCAGCGAGAGCGGCGCGUCCGCCGUGUGGGGGCCCGCGCUGGCCGUGGGUGCCUUCCAGCUGGGCCCGCUCGACGACUUCACGCACAUGCGCCUGCUCGACAAGUGCGAGGUCUCGCUCUUCAGAGAGCACCACCGUGAGAUCCUGAAGACUCAGGGCGUGCGCCGCUGCAUGAUGUUCAUACACAAGAUGCGCAUGAACCUGCUCGACAAAGUCUACAUGACGCUGGAAAAGCCAGAGAGCUUACCUACGGAAUCAUUAGAUGAGGACCCUGAAGAGGUGUUCGAAGACUCCAAGGAUGACCUAAGACCUGAGUUUAUACAAGACGAAGAGGAGAUGAAGACUUAUGAACUGAAACGUUACGGCUGCUGGUCUGAGGAGUGCAUCGCGAUGCGCCUGCCGUCCUACCGCUCUCACUUCCUGCUGCUCUCCGCCACCUGUAUGGAGGCUGUGCACGACUACCUGUCCUUCAGGUUGGAGGCCACGCCUGAACAUCCCUCCUGCCUUACCGUCAAGCAGCUGAUCCACGAGCUGCGCGAGGGCCUGGACAUCUCGUCGGAGAUGCGCGCGCAGUUCGCGCUGAACGUGCGCGCGGCGCUCAUGGCGCGGCCGGCCGGGCCCGCCGCGCGCGACCUGCUGCUGCUCACCAACACCUUCGACAACACCGUGCGGAACCUGCUCAAGCAAUACCUGUCGUACCUGACGACCAUGUCCGAGACGGAGCACAUGCCCCGGCCGCGGCUGCAGGCGGAGUGGGCCUUCACGGCGCAGCUCGCCAAGAGGAUCAAGUGCGCCGCCGUACUCGCGCCGCUCACAUUCUCAAAAAUCACGUGCAAUCAACUGGACAGGCUGCUGCAGCAAUACGAGACUGAAAUCAAGAGUGUCGUCAAAAAGAAACCAAUUGAUCCUGACAAGCACUCCAUCUACGCGGUGUGCCGCAACGCGCAGAGCGUGUACGCGGGCACGCGCGACGCCGCGCUGCACGCCGCGCAGUGGGCGCGCGCGCUGGCCGCACGCCUCGCGCGCGCAGAGCCGCCCGCCUACCUCGCGCAGAGGGGGGACAUCUUUAAAAGUCUGAUGUCGAUCCGCGACUUCAUCUACUGGCACAUCACGUUCAUCCUGGAGCGCAGCCGCGCCUUCCCCAGCAGCCCGGAGGAGCAGGUGCGGGACCUGGGCGAGGUGGUCGUCACGCGCGUGCGGGAGCUGCUGCUGCAGAUGUUUAAGCUAGGCUUCGAGCUGCACAAAGAGAUAUACAAGUACGUGCACGUAACCGCGCCGAUUGAGGAGUUGUCGCUGCGAAGGCGGCCCAUCUCGCUGCAGCCGGUGAGGGCGCCUGUUGUGGAGCGGCGGCGGAGGCCCGAGACCAUGGUCAUCCACGAGUCCGUCAACCCCAUGAUCCACAAAGAGCUGCACCGUUUCGCGGCGGAGUCCCCCUCGGCGGGCGCGGCGCCGCGGCGCUCGCUGAGCUCGGUGAGCUCGCCGCCGCCGCCGCUGCCGCCGCCGCGCAAGAACCGCUUCCUCAGGAGCGACAGCAUCGUCGACGAAUACGAGAACAGCGUCUUCGACGAGAGGCUCUUCGAUAAUAUACACAACUUUGGUGAUAAUCCGACACAAGGCAGCAUCGAGCUCUUGCUCUCAGGCGAAGUUCCCGACGAGGCUGAGGAGGUGGAAAUGAGAGCGAACGCGGGCGGCGUGAGCAGCGUAAGCGGCGUGAGCGAGGAGGAGCGCGCGUGGGCGGCGUGCGUGGCGCGCGCCAUCAUCCAGUUCGCGCGCUGCUGGAUGCUGUUCGUGGUGGAGCGCUGCGACCGCGGCCGGGGACUCAGGCCCAGAUGGGCAAGCCAAGGUUUGGAGUUCUUGAUGUUGGCGUGUGACCCGCGCAACACAAAACAUCUCAGCGAUGAAGAGUUUGAGGACCUGAAGCAGCUGAUGGACGGCUGUAUUUCCCACGUGGUGGGGUCCCGCGCCACCGCCGCCGCGCACUCGCCGCGACCCAGACCGAGACUGCCUAGUCCAUUCCCGUCCAACACGAGCCGCGAGCCGGCCGCGCCGCCGACGCCGCCGCCGCUGGAACCGGAACUGCUCUACGCCGACACCGAUACCACCAGUCAGUAUAUACUACAUGUUCGCGCCAUCUAUUGACGCUAGUGUGGACUAAACAUUUUGUGCGUAGUGUCAGUGGUAAUGUGUCGCCAUCUAGCGACAAAGUGUAUCAGACUAUCGAUUGGCGCCUUUUAUUCGUGUUUGGCGCGCGACGCCCCCGCCAUCCUUCUUCUUCUUCAACCCUUCGUGCAAGCAACACCGAUUGUCAUGUUGUAUCGAUAAUUUCAGUUUUAAUAUAUAUAAGUUUUAUAAAAGCACA